GAUAAUUCCAACAAAUGUUGGAUGAUAAUAAAAUUCCAUUAUGCCAAAAACUUUAUCUGACAUAUACAAGCUAAUCAGGUAUGAUUUUAUCCAUUUUUGACAAGAUGCUGAUUGCCAAUUCGACUAUAAAAGCCUAAAGUCGAUCCUCAAUUGACAUCAGUAAUAAAAUUCUAAUCAAAAUGAAAGUAGUAUUCGCUCUGGCAUUGCUGGUUGCUUGCGCAACAGCUGGUACCAUUCGUCAAAGUGGUGGUCGUAUCACCAAUGGUGAUGUUGCUUCUGUAGGACAAUUCCCAUACCAAGUGGGUCUAGCCUUGGACAUGGGAAAACAAUCUUCAUGGUGUGGUGGUACUUUGAUUUCCCACGAAUGGAUUGUUACAGCUGCUCAUUGUACAGUUGAUGCCGAUGGAGUCACAGUCUAUUUGGGUGCCACCAACAUCAAGGAUGACAACGAACCUGGUCAACAACGUGUUUACGUUUCAAAAUCAGGAAUCUUUACCCAUGAAGAAUACGAUGGUACAACCAUCACCAAUGAUAUUGCUUUGAUCAAAUUGCCCGCCCCAAUUGAAUACAAUGAAUUGAUCCAGCCAGCUUCAUUGCCAAAGAAGAGUGAAACAUACUCAACCUUUGUUGGUGAUACUGUUGUUGCUUCAGGAUGGGGCAAGGACAGUGAUUCUGCCACAUCAGUUUCACCAGUCUUGAACUACAUUGACACCACUGUCAUUAGCUCUAAGACCUGCAACCGCUACUACCUUGGCAUGAUCACACCAAACAUGAUCUGCAUCUCUGGAAAGGAUGGACGUUCAACAUGCAACGGUGAUUCUGGUGGCCCAUUGGUCUACCAAGAAAAUGGUGAAAAUAUGUUGAUCGGUCUUACCUCAUUCGGUAUCUCUUUGGGUUGUGAAGUCGGUUUCCCAGGUGUUUUCACCCGUAUCACAUCCUAUUUGGACUGGAUUGAGGCCAAGACUGAUUUGGUUAACUAAAUAGUUAAUAAUAAUUGUUUUUGAAACAAUAAUGAAUUGUGUUAUCUAGUUCUAAGU